AUGGCAACACCGUUAACCUCGACAACAAACCCACCAACAUCAGCAACUCUCACAAUACGUCUAAUAAAAAACUUCGAGUAUCGUACCGUGAAGAAUGUCGUGUUGCAAAAUGUAAACUUGGAAACUACUACGGUGGGCCAAUUGAAACAAAUGAUCCGAGAUAAGAUAAAUUCAACACCUGGUUUAAAACCUUUUCGAUCUGUAAACUAUGACACAUUAAAACUAUACACAAAAGCUCACGGAACAAAGUCACAAAAUCUAACAAUAAAUUUGGACCAUGACAAUGACUGGGUUCUGAAUGACGAUCAAGCUACUUUGAUUUCUUGUGGACUGGAGAAUGAGACAGAACUUUCCUUUUUUGACCUUGCUGCCUAUCAAGCAUACAAAACUCAUCCAGAUGUUAUUAAGUGGGAUUAA